GAAAGUGUGCCACGGUCUUCAUUCAACUUUACAACCUGAGCUAAGCUGACCUCCUGAAACCUCCAAGUGACUCAAACAAGACCUCAUCAUGGUGUCUAUGGGACGACAGAUGCUGGGCUUUGCCCUGGCCAUCAUCGGCUUCCUGGGGACCAUCAUUGUGUGUGCCCUGCCCAUGUGGAAGGUCACGGCCUUUAUUGGCGCCAACAUUGUGACAGCGCAGGUCAUCUGGGAAGGCUUAUGGAUGAACUGUGUAAUGCAGAGCACAGGCCAGAUGCAGUGCAAGAUCUAUGAUUCUCUUCUGGCUCUGCCUCAGGACCUCCAGGCCGCCAGAGCUCUCGUGGUCGUCGCCAUCAUUGUCGCAGCCUUUGGGGUCCUCCUGGGCAUCGCUGGGGGAAAGUGCACCAACUUUGUGGAGAACAAAAGUUCCAAAGCCAAGGUGGCCAUCGCUGCUGGAAUUGUCUUCAUUUGUGCCGGAGUCCUCGUCCUCAUCCCCGUCUGCUGGUCUGCCAACACCAUCAUCAGGGAUUUCUACAACCCAGUCAUAAUCAACGCCCAGAGGAGAGAGCUGGGGGCUGCGCUCUACAUCGGCUGGGGCACGGCUGCGAUUCUCAUCCUGGGUGGUGCCCUCCUCUGCAGCUCCUGCCCACCAAAGAAAAGCCCAGAGUAUCCAGUCAAAUACGGCGGCGCCAGGUCCACAGCCACCAGCCGAGCCUACGUCUGAGAGCGCCACUCUCCUGAGAAAGACUGCAAACUGUUUUACUUUUCUUGAGCAACCCUCCUUCACUGUGAGUUUGUGAAAGUGCCAAAGGUUUAUGUCUCGCGUUUUUAAAAUGUGAGGCAGAGUGAGAACUGAUUUUCUGAGAAACUCAGAAUUCUCUGGUGGAAGCGAGAGAGAGAGAGUGUUUCUUGAAGAAUGAGAAACACUUCACAGAGAGGUGGUGUGAAACUACAGUGCACACAAGAAAGUCUCCCGGCAGCAUGAUGACUGGACUGAAUGAAAGCUGUUCUAUAUUAAGAUUGUUACAAAGCUCUUUUCCUCUGAAUGUUUGGCAAAUCUCAGCUGUGCUAGAAGGUUAAUGGUGAGCAAAAGCUAGGAAAACUUGUACAGUACCACUAAUAUAUUGUGAAUUUCUUGUAUAAAAUAGAUUACAAAUAUGUUUGUUUCAUUGCAAUGUCAAAUGAUUACUUAUGUUUAUUGAAAUCACUGAUUUUUAAUAAAACUUUUAUCAACCUGA